UAAAGCCCCGGAUGUUCGUUGGGGAUUUAACAUGGCGGCGGCAGUGGCCGCGGUGGUGGCGGCGCAAGAGAGCUAAGGACAGCGUGAGGGCGCGGAGUUCCGGGUGGAGCAGCUAGGCCGCGAGCGACGGCAGUGCCGAACCGGUAGAAAAGCGGUCGGGCCAGGGAAUUGUGGGGAGGAAACUGAGAACCUGGGAGUCUUGCCUGGUGCCACAGAGCCAGCAGGGCUGGGCUUUGGCCCCGUGCGGCUGGCUGCCUAGUCUGGCUCCUAACCACUAUGGCACACUACCUCUGCCAGCCCCGCAACUGAGCCCCGGGAAUUAGAAGGCUCUCCCCCGGGCCCUCCUCUGCUGUGUCUUCAUUCCAGGCUGCAGGCCGGAGUGGAGCUUUGGAGGGGCACACCUUGACAGAUGAGUAACCCGAAGCCCCAAGAGGAGACGUCACCUGCCUGAGGGCACUUCUAGCACAGCCAACAUCCAGCCAGGCCUGCCGGUAGGAGCCCAAGUCUGCACCCUCACGGUGCUGGGAGCCUCAGCAUCAUGUUUGGGAAGAAGAAGAAGCGGGUAGAGAUCUCGGCGCCAUCCAACUUUGAACACCGCGUGCACACGGGCUUCGACCAGCACGAGCAGAAGUUCACGGGCCUGCCCCGCCAGUGGCAGAGCCUGAUCGAGGAGUCCGCUCGCCGGCCCAAGCCCCUGGUGGACCCCGCCUGCAUCACCUCUAUCCAGCCCGGGGCCCCCAAGACCAUCGUGCGGGGCAGCAAAGGUGCCAAGGAUGGGGCCCUCACGUUGCUGCUCGACGAGUUUGAGAACAUGUCGGUGACGCGCUCCAACUCCCUGCGGAAAGACAGCCCACCGCCACCUGCCCGUGUCCGCCAAGAAAACGGGAUGCCCACAGAGCAGGCCGCCACGGCCAGAGGGGGCCCAGAGAAGGCGGGCAGCCAAGGCCGGGUCGCCGGUCCCAGCGAGGCGGGUGGUGGCAGUGGUGACAGGCGACGGGUGGGGCCAGAGAAGAGGCCCAAGUCUUCCAGGGAGGGCUCAGGGGUGCCCCAGGAGUCCGCCCGGGACAAGCGCCCCCUCUCUGGGCCUGAUGUCGGCACCCCCCAGCCUCCUGGUCUGGCCAGUGGGGUGAAAGUGGCGGCUGGCCGGCCCUUUAACACGUACCCGAGGGCUGACACGGACCACCCGUCCCGAGGUGCCCAGGGGGAGCCUCACAACCUGGCCCCCAAUGGGCCAUCUGCAGGGGGCCUGGCUGUUCCCCGGUCCUCUUCCUCCCGGCCUCCUGCCCGAGCCCGCGGCGCCCCCAGCCCUGGAGUGCUGGGCCCCCACGCUUCCGAGCCCCAGCUGGCACCUUCAGCCCGCCCCCUCACCACCCCUGCUGUCCCCCCUGCCCCCGGGCCCCGCUCACCACAGCGGGAACCCCAGCGAGUAUCCCACGAGCAGUUCCGGGCUGCCCUGCAGCUCGUGGUGGAUCCCGGCGACCCCCGCUCCUACCUGGACAACUUUAUCAAGAUCGGGGAGGGCUCCACAGGUAUCGUGUGCAUCGCCACCGUGCGCAGCUCAGGCAGGCUGGUGGCCGUCAAGAAGAUGGACCUGCGCAAGCAGCAGAGGCGUGAGCUGCUCUUCAAUGAGGUGGUGAUCAUGAGGGACUACCAGCAUGAGAACGUGGUGGAAAUGUACAAUAGCUACCUGGUGGGCGAUGAGCUCUGGGUGGUGAUGGAGUUCCUGGAGGGAGGUGCCCUCACCGACAUCGUCACCCACACCAGGAUGAACGAGGAGCAGAUCGCCGCCGUGUGCCUGGCCGUGCUGCAGGCCUUGGCUGUGCUCCACGCCCAGGGCGUCAUCCACCGGGACAUCAAGAGUGACUCCAUCCUGCUGACCCACGAUGGCAGAGUGAAGCUGUCAGACUUCGGGUUCUGUGCCCAGGUGAGCAAGGAGGUGCCACGGAGGAAGUCACUGGUCGGCACACCCUACUGGAUGGCCCCAGAGCUCAUCUCUCGCCUCCCCUAUGGGCCAGAGGUGGAUAUCUGGUCUCUGGGGGUGAUGGUGAUCGAGAUGGUGGAUGGGGAGCCCCCCUACUUCAACGAGCCACCCCUUAAAGCCAUGAAGAUGAUCCGUGACAACCUGCCGCCCCGACUGAAGAACCUGCACAAGGUGUCACCGUCCCUGAAGGGCUUCCUGGACCGCCUGCUGGUGCGGGACCCGGCCCAGCGGGCCACAGCUGCUGAGCUGCUGAAGCACCCGUUCCUCACCAAAGCGGGCCCACCCGCCAGUAUUGUGCCCCUCAUGCGCCAGAACCGUGCCAGAUGAGGCCAGCGCUCUGUCCCUCAACCAAAGAGCCCCUUGGGUCAGCCCCUACCCUGCCGGAGGCCAGUAGGGAGCUGGCCCUCACUCCUCCCCGCCUGGGAGACGCGCAGUGUGGCCCUGCCCUCCUUGCUGGGGGUGUUUGGGACCCAACUACUGAACUCUGGUUUUGAUUUUGUGACUUUUAAAAAAACACAGGGACUCAUGGGAGCAAGUGAGGCUCCCAGGACCCCCCACCCUCCAGGACAGGCUCUCCCUGUGUUUUCCUGUCUCCAGGAAGGACAGGUGGCCCUCCUAUCACUGGAAAUCUGCAGUGGGGGCCUCUGAGGGUGGAGAGAACACUAUGAAAGAGGCGUGCAUGUGUGCGUGUGUGUCUGUGUGUCUGUGUGGGUGCACAUGCGUGUGGUAGGCCCAGCUAUUCUGUCCUCCAGCCUGGGAGUGGGUGUCUCUGAGACCUUGCCUAACAUUCAGUCACCUCUCCCCCCUGAGCCAUUGUGGGGGUCGAUCAUGAAUGUCUGAAGAGUGGCCUUUUCCCAUAGCCCUACACCCCCUUUCUGUAGCUGGAUGGGGAGACGGGUUUGGUCUUCCCACCCCAUCCCCCCAGCCUCUGCAGAAAAUGACUACUGCACCUGGACAGCCUCCUCUUUUCUAGAAUAUUUAUAUUGUCAUUUUAUAACACUCUUGCCCCCGUCCCCACCUGGGGACAGAUGGUCCCUGUCCUGCAGGGCAGCCUCGGGGACAGAAUCACGCUUGAAGAAUCAGGUUCCUGCCCCCUCAGUGCAGCCCUGCCCUCCCUUCCCUUGAGUUAGUUUUACAAUUAAAACAUUUUCUUGUUU